AGAAAUCAGUAAAAUAGAAGUAUUCAUAAGUCGUUAUUUUUUCAUGAAAUGAUCAAAAUUUAACAUCGAUCGAUAGGGAAUUUCAUUGUCUUUAAUUUGAGACUACACGUAAGUUCACCCGGACUCGCGAACUAUCAAAAAAAUUGUAUUUUUUACAUGAGAAAUUGUAUGCAUACUUACUAGUCCGUUAUCACUCAGGGAACAAAAUGGCCGAUGCGCUCACCCACUUUAUAUAGAGCCUUAGUUUCAAUAUGUAUGUAGCGUGGCAAAUCACCCAACUUAUAGACCGAACUGAGAAAUAUGCCUCCUGGAAAAAGACACUUCUCUCGCGCAAGUAUUCAUCCCACAAGGAUCCAGACUUCAAACGUAAUAACAACUCCACCAGAGGAAAAAACUGAAAAACCGGAAAAAACAAAGAAAUUGUGUACCAAUUGUAUAGGCGAAGUCCUGCAUGAAAUUGUGCCGGUACAUAUUCCGGUACCGAUGUCAUCGUCGGAGAACUACUUGGUAUCAGAAUUCUUGAUCGCAUUGUUCAGUGUCGCUUGCGGAUUUGUGCAAUAUUUCAAUAUCUAUCAAAAUGCUUGGUGGUUACCUCAUUCGUAUCAUCAUUAUGGAUUGAAUCUGCACCUGAUCGAUUGGUUCAUAGUUCAAUUUAUCAUUGUAAUGACUCUGCGACCUUCUAUUUUCAGUAUAGUGAGAAUCUACGUGAUGAAAUUAAUCAGUAAAUUUGAAAGCAAUAGAAAUCUGAGUCCUUGCAUUAGGAUGAUUCUUAGUUUCAUCUUCACCGGUUAUGGAGUUUACUGUGGCAUGUAUAUUUGGUGGAUAUACGGAUUUGUAAUGCUUUCCAUUAUGUAUUUACCAUGGGUGUUAUAUAUGUAUAUUUACAGCAGCAAUAUACGCGAAUAUUUUGAUCUAAGAGUGGUGCAUCUUCCAUCAGCAGGAUUCAUCAAAGGAAUAUUGGUGCAUCGUUGUACAAAUUCUUCUCAACGAAGCAGGGAUGAAGUAGAUUUUCUGCGAGCAGAUUUCAAUGCUCGGAUGAAAUGUUUAUUAUUCAAUUCGUUUACCAAUGCUUACUACUGCGUUUAUAUUCCGGCCUGUUUUUCUCAAGGAUUUCUAUAUUUUGAAGAUAGUUGGGUGUCGUAUUUUAUAAUUCUCAUGUGGUUCUCAUGCAUCUGUGUUUAUUUGACUCAGUAUUUUUCUUUCAACUAUUACGAUGCAUGCCAUCGAGCAGCGUUGCAUCUUGGAAAAUGGGGAAAGGUCACAAAAGUGAACGGCAAAACUUCAUAUUUUGUGUGGUUCGAAGGUAGUUUUUGGUAUAAGGGAAUUAUCGUUAAACACAACGGUAAUUUAUGGCGAGCUGAGAAUUUAACCAAUUCUGCCGAACCGGGAAACAGAGCGCACGAAUAUUUCUAUCGUUGUUUUGGAAAACCUGGAUUUCUCAUAUACUGUUGGGUCUUGAUGACGUUAAGCGUGUGCUGUCUGCAGUUUGUAUUCCUCAUGUGCUCUAAUCAAUGGAACCAUAUUUUGGCAGCGUGCAUGAUGUUAACGUGUUCGUAUUACUCGUUGUAUAAGUGUAUCAAGAGCUAUAAAUUAAGCGACACGUUGUAUAAACUAGAAGAACAAGUACAAACCAAAAUGAUCAAAUAGGGUAACGAAGUGUGAGAAUUUUCAAAACGAAUCUCAUUUCACGAGUGCGUGCUGUGUUCCUCGAUGUUAUUUUUUUAAUAUUAUGUUUUUUUUAUUCCUUUUUAUCUAGUCAUCACGUUGAAUUCAUUCUCAUCAAAUUGUAUUCGAGUCGUUAAAACUGUUCGUUUUUAAAAUGUUGUAAUUUCUAAGUACCCUCAACCCUCAAAUGUAGUUUGCAAAUACAUUUGAUUUCUGAAA